UCCAGGACUGAUAGGCGCGCAGAGCGACAUGGCUCCCCGCCCUUUCCUGCCUCGGCGUGGCGGCGGGGAAAAAGGGCGGUUCGACCUUUUGAGGUGGAAGGAGGUCUGAGGAGGGAGUGUGUUGUGACAGAAAUGUUAUAGACUCUCCUAUCCAAAGCAUUCCAUCUACUCUUGCUUUUGCUGCUCCCAACAAGACUGUGGACUUGUUUGAGAUGAUUGAAAAAAUGCAGGGGAGUCGUCUGGAUGAACAAAGAUGUUCCCUUCCAGCUCCUCUCAAGACAGAAGAAGAGUAUAUUCCUUACCCCAGCAUCCAUGAGGUAUUACAGAAAGGGUGGCCAUAUCCUCUCAUUAUCUUACCCCAGUUUGGGGGCUACUGGAUUGAAGGGACAAGCCACAACCCCUCCAGUCCAACUCUGUCUGAUGUACCCUUUCCCUGGAAUGUUAAAGUGAAACUGGAGAGUGACCCGACAGCCAAGCUAUACCGCAAGCAUUUCCUCGGGAAGGAGCACCAGAACUUUUAUUCCAGUGAUGUGUCCUUGGGCUACUUGAUACUUUCUGUGAAGUAUGAACAGUCUGAGAAACAGGAAAAUCUACGUUUGUUGCUGAGGACACGAACUGGUACUAAACAUGAUCUGAUCCCUAUUUCCUGUCUGAAUGAGUUUCCCAAUGCUGUCCAGAUGGCAAAGCUACUGUGUGAAGAUGUGAAUGUUGAACGCUUCUUUCCUGUCCUCUAUCCCAAGGCUUCACAGCUUAUUGUAGCUUUUGAUGAACAUGUUAUAAGCAAUAACUUCAAAUUUGGGGUAAUCUACCAGAAACCUGGACAGACAACUGAAGAAGAAGUCUUCAGUAACACAGAAGAGAGUCUGGGUUUCCUGGAGUUCUUAGAUUUCCUUGGUGACAAGAUUCAGCUGCAGGAUUUCCGUGGGUUCCGGGGAGGUUUGGAUGUCAUUAGAGGUCAAACAGGCACCGAAUCAGUUUAUACAAAUUUCCGGGGCAAAGAGAUCAUGUUUCAUGUAUCUACAAAACUGCCCUUCGCAGAAGGAGAUUCCCAACAGCUUCAGCGGAAGCGUCACAUUGGGAAUGACAUUGUAGCCAUCAUCUUCCAGGAUGAAAGCACACCUUUUGUGCCUGAUAUGAUUGCUUCUAAUUUCCUACAUGCAUACGUGGUAGUUCAGCUCACUCACAGCAGUUGUGGGGAGACCCUCUACAAGGUUUCAGUCACAGCGCGAGAUGAUGUGCCCUUCUUUGGACCUUCUCUACCAAAUCCAGCCAUAUUUAGAAAGAGUACAGAGUUUCGUGAAUUCCUUCUGGUCAAGCUCAUCAAUGCUGAAUACAGCUGCUAUCGAGCUGAAAAAUUUGCUAAAUUAAAGGAGAGAACCCGAAGUGCCCUCUUGGAGAGCCUUUUUGAGGAGCUGCAACUUCGCAGCCGCUGCAUGAUGGGAUUGCCAAUAGAAGAAGAUGACAAGACAGAGAAUGGCAGUGGGGGCUUCUUUGAGAAUUUCAAGGUGGGUCAAGGUUGAUUGAAGAAGUUCUUUAUCA